UAUUUGAGGUCAGCACGAUGAGCAAGGUAUCUUUUCGAGCUCGGGCGCUGGACGCCACGAGGCCAAUGCAGAUUUUCAAAGCAGAUGAGGUGCCUGACCUACCAGAUUUUGCAACUAUCAACCGAUCCGUUCCACAGAUGCCCACAGGAAUGGAAAAAGAGGAGGAAACGGAGCACCAUCUACAACGAGCUCUGUCAGCACAGCAGGUCUAUGGUACUUCAGAGGCUCUUGUCAUUCCAAUUCCUGAAGUGGAUGAUAUCUCAGAACAUUAUAAUGAAAUGUACAAGAGUGAUUUUAAGACCACAAAGCAAUUUAUACAUAUACAAGCCUAUGGAAUGGAUCAGGAGAUACCAGAUUAUGACAUGGACAGUGAGGAUGAAUCUUGGGUCAAUGAACAAAAGAAGAAGAUGGAAAUCAAUCCCCUCAAGUUUGAGGAGAUGAUGGACCGUUUAGAGAAAGGCAGUGGACAACAGGUUGUGACAUUACAAGAGGCAAAGUUACUGUUGAAAGAAGAUGAUGAUCUCAUAAUUGCUGUUUAUGAUUAUUGGCUGAAUAAACGGUUACGACUGGAACACCCCCUCAUCUUGCAAGUUAAAACAGAGAAAAGAGAUGGCUCAACAACAAAUAAUCCCUAUGUGGCAUUUAGGAGGCGAACAGAAAAAAUGCAAACAAGAAAGAAUCGGAAGAAUGAUGAAACAUCAUACGAGAAAAUGUUGAAACUUAGAAGAGAUCUAAACAGAGCUGUAACUAUUCUAGAAAUGAUUAAAAGAAGGGAAAAGGCAAAGAAAGAAAUGUUACAACUCACAAUAGAGAUUAUGGAGAAAAGGUUUCAAGGUGAAGAUUUUGAGGGUAAAAUGCUCCAGGAAGCUGAGUCCAUCCGCCACAAGUUGCCAUUGUUUGUUCCUCCUAGCUAUAGCUGGGGUGCUGGCACAGCGGAGGAGGGUGUGAGGAAGAAGAGGGAAUACAGGAAGCGUAAGCACAAACCUGUGAUUCAGCCCACUGUCCCCUCUGUACAGGCCAGUCAUUAUCAUGAUAUUGAUGUCAUACAUCCAGAACCAUACAGCUCCGAUGAAGAUGGCUACUCACCGGGAACUUCACCAUCUGAUCACGAAGAUGAAAAUGAUCCUGAUGGACCGUUUGCUUUCAGAAGGAGAAGAAAUUGCAAUUACUUUGCACCAAUUUUGAAUCGCCUUGGGAAUUGGCCCUGGCACAGUCCUGAAGAUGGAGGAUUGGGAAAGAAAAAAUUCCGUUACAACCUCUGUUCUUUGUCACAACCACCCCGAUGUAUUGGCUACGCAAGGCGUAGAAUGGGUCGAGGUGGAAGGGUGCUUCUGGAUAGAGCAGUAACGCCUUGGGAUGAAACCCUACACCAGAUCGACAUGUCUUCGGGCUCAUUUUCAGGAGUUGUUGGAGAUUAUGUGACAUAUAUCAGAGACAAAAAAAUUCCACAUUUUCGUCCACAUUCUCCUACACUAGAAGAAUCUUCAUCUCAUGAAAAACCCUCUCACACUGCUCAGGAAGAUAUCACAGAGUUCAACAUGGAGAGCUUUCAAUCUCACCAAGAACAGCUCCUGCAGAUGACGCGAGCGCAGCAAGAGCAGUUACUUAAACAAGACACCUCAGAUCUCAACAAUUCGUGCAAUGGUUUAGAACAUUCCUUCUCCUCACAACCGACUUCCAGGUUCACAUUAGAUUCCGAUAGUGCCAAAUUUGCGGUGUCUGCAGUUAUGAACACAUCUCAGAUUCAGAAUCAGAACGCGAGAACAGGUGCUAUAUCAUCUCAAACACCAGCAGCCCCAGAGACUCCUCGUACACCACAGACAGUUGUUCUGACCAACACAGUUCCAGCAGCUCCCACCACGUCUGCUAACGUCUCCUUGUUAUCCCCAACUACAGUGCUACCCCCUAUCUCCAGUGUCAUCAGUAACGGACCAGUGGACCACAAAGACUUAGUUUCUAGUAAAACCACAGGGCUUUCAACCUCUCCAGCAGCAACAGUUUUUCAGUUAAACUUUCCACUCAACAAUAAUAAUGCAUCUCACAAUUCUCAUCUUCCAUCAUCAUCAACUUUGUCAUCUAGUCUUUCCAACGCCUUAACAACAUCAAUCCCAAACAAGUCUGUCUCUACUGUUGGAACCAACCUGCUCAAGUUUACACCAGGCUACAAAAACUCCAUAUCGGAUUCAAUUCCUGCACAGAACCAUGAAGAUGUUGCAAGGCUUAACAACAUCCACAACAUAAAACGAGAAAAGGUUGUAGCGAUGGAUGUGACAUGAGUAGUGUUGUGCGUGAGGUGAUGGUACACAUUCAAUGGCAAGCUGUGUUCUGUAUACAGAACAAGUAACUACCCAGAAGGACGUGAUGGGACAAAACUACACAAGUCUAUCAGCCAAGCAGCAGCAUAUCAUCAGAGGUUGUUACACCAGAACCAUGACACCUUCAUUGUUAUAUCCAGCAUAAACAUUUUGAGAUCACAAACUGUUCCUAUACAUUGAGCUCAGUGUUAAGUUUUGACAUUGUAAUGCUAUAUCAAGUCAGGAUUGACAUUUCUUCUGUUGUAAAAUUGUAAUUAUAAUAUAAUGGGGAUCUUUUUAACCCCCAUCCCCCCUUUCUACCCAUUCUACCCAGUCCCUAAGUCACAGUUUCUUUAUCAGAAGGUUCUAAUUUGUAAUCAACGGGCAUGUAAUUUUAUACAUAACUGUUGGUCUUGAAUGUAGGGGCCUGAAAGUAUAGAAAUUAAGACCAUUCUUUGUCUCUCCAUUGUAGUCAUUACAACUUUAUAGUUUUCAAUGAUAUAACUCGCUUUGUGAAAGCUUUUCCACAUUGUGGUAUGUUUGUAACCCACAUGGGCAUUCUUUUUUAAUUGCUUCUUAUCUUGCUAACCCUAAUUGUUUUUAGAUAGACAUUUUUUUUUGUUGCACAAAAUUAUCCAUGGGAUGUUUCAUUGUCAAUUCACCUAUUUCAUUGUAGUGAUAAGUAUUGAAAUAUUAAUGGGAACAUGUUCAUUAUAACCAUCCAAUGAAAAAAGCUGAUUAACACUACCUCGCAUUUGUAUGGUGUAUAGAAGAAUAGUAGGAAGAUGUUUUGUUUGUAAUGUUUGUGAAGUCAUCAUUUUGUUUAUCAUCCGUCCAGACACUUAAAUUUCAUCUUUGAAGAAAUUCAGAAUCAAAAGAUACAUUGUCAGAGUGCAAUUUCAGUUGUGAACAAGGUAUUUUGAUUUAUGAUUGCUAUUUAGGGCACUGCCAAGUUUGUCUUUAUCAACAUUUUUAAAUAAUACUUUUUUGUGCAAUACAUUAAAUGAUUGUACUUGUCUUCAUAUUUAGAAGUGUGGGUAUUUCUUGAAAUGUUGGUUUUCUUCAGAGUCCUUUGAGUUCCAUUGAUUUGUAACAAAUUUUCAUGUCAAUUUCACAACCUACCUUAAUGCAUGUGGAUUCCAGAGAAAGUUACAUAAAUUUUAUUUCAGAAAGCUAAAUUUUUACUUAACGAUUUCAUAUUUUCUGUAGAGAAAAUUAUUGAUAGUUAAAUGAUGCAUAUAAAAUGUUUAUAUUUAAUGUGCAAAGAAAAGUGGUAGACAUUUGACAAAAUACUGAUAAUGGCACUCAUCUGCUCUCCAAUUAAUGCAUUACAUUCAAUUAAUGUGGUCUAGCUGAAGAUUUUUACAUUUAUGCAUGAAUAUGUGCUUGUUACAAGGUAUAUACGAAUAUUGUAUUGAAUUUUAUAAAAUAUUUUAUAGUGCUUGAUGUUGACGAUACGAGUAAUGUAUAGUUGGAGAAACCGGCUGAUAUCUUGUGAUGAGAAAACCUGGUCAUUUUCUGUGUUAAACUAGAGAAAGAUUUAAAUAGAGAUCUUUAUUUAUUAGAAAAGAAAUUUUAGAAAUUUGAACUCAAUCUGAAAUCAUGUUAUGUAUGAUCUGUUUUUGUACUGUGGCGGUAUUGUCGGCAUGGAUGAAUGAGUGCUGUGCUUAAAUGUUGGCCUAAUGAUGGCUAUGAAAUAUGAAAAAUUGAUAUACACAAUGUGUUCAAAACUGUGAUAGCAUGUGGUGUAGGAACACCACGUUAAAAUAUUGAAUUAGGAAAUAAAUCAGAUUUCCUGUG